AUGAAUGUAAAAAAGCUGUUUUAUAAAUAUCUCAGUUUCCACAGUUUUUUAAUUAAUAAAAAUAAUUAUAAUAACACCAAGUUAAAUAAUUUAUUUAAAGGCAAGAAUAUAAUGAGUCAUAUAAAACCAAACUAUUUUAUAUGUAUCCCUCUAAAUGAUAACAAAAUAAUAAUAAAUGAAUUGUUGAAUAUACAAAAAUUUGUUGUUUCAAAAUUUGAUUUAUUAAAUGAAUGUAUAAUAGAAAAAGAAAAAUUCCAUAUUUCGUUACUAAUCUUAUAUGUUAAAAAUAAGACACAAAUAGAUUUAUCAAAAGAAGCCUUUAACGAAGCUAUAAAUGAAAUUAAAAAAAUUAAUAAAAAAAAUUUAUAUUUCAAAAGUUUGGAUACAUUUCACAAUGAUGUUUUAUAUUUAAGCUUAAAUGAAGAAAGCAAUGAUUACAUCAUUUUGUUAGCAAAUAUUUUUAGAAAAUGUUUUGAAAAAAGGAACAUAAAAAUAGUCUAUAAUAGUAGAAAACAUGUGAAUAACCAUAAAAAUGAGCCAAAUAAUAAAAAUGAGCCAAAUAAUAAAAAUGAGCCAAAUAAUAAAAAUGAGCCAAAUAAUAAAAAUGAGCCAAAUAAUAAAAAAGAACAAAAUGAACAAAAUAAAAUAACUCCUCAUUUAACUUUAAUGAAAAAUUCCCAUUUAAGUAGAAUUUACAUGAACAGAAAGCCAAAAAUAUUUCCAGAUUAUUACUCGAAUUUUGACUUAACAAAAUUAUUGACUGAACAUAUAACCCCGAAUAAAAUACAACUUCUCGAAAUGGAUAUUGACCCAAAAACAUCUUAUUAUAAAAUAAUAUCUGAAUUUUCAUUUUCUUAG